AUGGAACCCCAAGCCAAAUCUAUGGAGGUGAAACUCAUUUCCUGCAAGAACAUCAGAGCCUUCAACUUUUUCCAAAAGCUCACACUUUACGCCACCGUCUUCAUCGAUAGCGAGGAUCCCAAGAGGGAAAUCACGGAGGAACGGAAGCAGCGGCAGCGAACCCUAACGGACAGAGACAGCGAGAGCGACGGCAGCAACCCCGAAUGGAACUACCUCGCGCGUUUCGAUUUGGGGUGCCUUUCGCACUCGCCGCACGACUCCGACUUUGGUCAUCUCUUCCUCUGCUUCGAGUUCCGCCACGACGGCACCAUCCUCGGCGACAAGGUCGUCGGCGAGUGCCGCGUGGCGCUCGCCAAUAUGAUCCGCGAUGCCGGCACUGACUCGGCGAGGUUCGUUAGCUACGAGGUUCGCUCCGCCGAGGGGAAGCCCAACGGGAUCUUCAAUUUCUCGUACAAAUUGAAGGGCAUGGGAAUUGGGAUUGGGAAUGGGAAUGGAAGUGGAAGUAGGAUCCACUCGUCGCAGAUUCUCGAAGGGAGAAUCUCCGGGUACCCGGUUCUGGCGCCGGAGGAUUGCGCGUGUGCUCCCAAUAGAGUACAAUAUCCCACGUGCGAAAUCGAUAACACGUGCUGCUACCCGACGGUCGCGUUGCCGGUGGGAUCUCCCGUGUAUCCCCCCACUGCUCCACCACCGGCGGUUAUGUUUCGUCCGAACGGAGACUAUCAUUGCGAUUACCCACGCCCGCCGCCUCCGCCGGAUCCGGUGGUGUAUCCAUACUCUCCCUUGCCACCUCCGGUGGUGUAUCCCUACCCUCCCCCGCCUCCACCAGUGGUGCAUGCUUACCCGCCUUUUGGGCCCGAGGCCCAUCCUUGGCCACAAGGUCCAUAUUGUGAACGCAGGUGGUAA